CCACCUCACACAGCCGCAAGUCGGGCGCAUCGGCAGAUCAAGGAGCGGAAGAGAGACUUGGACAGACGACCAGGCGCUGCGACGCAACAGCGAUGGAGGCGAAUCAAGCGGCGUCGCUCUACAGCGCCUCGACGGAGCUCUGUGCCGAUGCCAUCGCCUGUCAUCCGCACAUGAGCGGUCUCUUCGCACUCGGCACGUACGAAGUGACGCAGGCGGAGGCAGCGCAGGAGCGCGGCGGCGAGGCAGAGAAGCAGCAAGAGGAGGCAGAUGAUCAAGCAGAGGCCGCAAGCGCCUCGACUUCGCCACAGUACUCGCGCAGAGGACAGGUCAGCUUGCAUCGCUUGCUCGGAAGCGACGACAAGGUGGAGUGCGAGCGUCUCGACAUGCAUUCGGGGCCGGCUGUGCUUGACAUGGCAUGGGCGCCACGCUCGAGUGGCUUUGCACUCCUCGCGGCCGAGGCCACUUCAAGCAUCAGUCUGCGUCCGCUCAGCUUCUCCUCGACAUCAACCACGCCCAGCUUUGGCGCGCCGCAGCAGCGUACCAUGAAUACACGUCGCGCACUCGUGCUCUCUCUCGACCUCUCUUCGCGCAAGCCCGGACUUGCAGAGGCACAGGAGCAGCACGGCGAUGCGAAACUGCUCAUUUCACAGAGCGACGGGUCCCUGGCAUAUCUGCCGAGCCUCAGCGCUGCCUUUGAGGAUGAUGGCUCGGCGGGCCGUCAGGCGGAGGAGACGCCCCGUGCCGACAGUCGAGUGGCCGCAGCGGCGGAGUCCGACGAUGAAGACGACGACGCAGACGAAGAGACGCUAGCAGCGCACGCAGCGCUGAAUGCAGCGUUUGCAGGGCGACCGCGAGGACUCGAGACUUGGGCGGCGCACGGGCACGAGGCGUGGAUUGCGGCUUGGGACUGCUGGAGCGACGGCACAGUCGGGUGGAGUGGCGGCGAUGAUCUGCAGAUGCGUGGCUGGGACAUGCGCAUGCCCAACGCCAGCGCAGGUCGCCAGGCAACGUUCAUCAACAAGCGCAGCUUUGACGGCGGCGUGACGGCGAUGCAAUCAUCGCACCUGCGGCAGCAUCUCUGGGCCGUCGGCUCGUAUGACGGCUCAAUACGUCUCUUCGACGCACGCAACCCCUUGCGGCCACUGUCGAGCACCAACGUCGGCGGCGGCGUAUGGCGCGUCAAGUGGCACCCUUUCGAUGCCUCACGGCUGCUCCUUGGAACGAUGCACGACGGCUUCAAGAUCCUCACUCUCCCUGUUGGCACCGAGCAAGGCCAACUUCCGCCGCGCGAGGAGAUGCACAUCGUGCGUCGCUUUGAUGCGCACGAGAGUCUGGCGUACGGCUGUGACUGGGAUCGAGAGGCGCCCGAGGCGGAGCAGACGCAGAGCCGCGUCGUCAGCUGCUCGUUUUACGAUCGCAGAUUGCACGUGUGGCGCGGCUGAGAGUGACUGCAACUGUGGUAUGACGAGAGAGGCGUGUGGGUAGUGUACAGCGAGACGAACGGAGGUGGUAGUACAGUGAUGUGAGGCUUCGUGA